UUUCAACAAUUGAAUGUUUAUAUUUACGGUAUCUUUACCUACAUAGGUGCAUAGUGAAUAAAUUAACGUAUCAGUUCGGUAUUUUGCAUUGAAAACAGUGCCAUAGAAUUCCUGCGGGGAUAGAUAUCAAAUAACAAACUUACCAAUCAUGGCGUCAAAAUGUUUCCUCACGGCAAAUCGGGCUCUGACUGCCAAGAAAAUCCCCUUCAGCACGAGAAGACUCAGUGGAACCCCGUGGACGAAGGAAGGCAUUAUAAAGUCACCCUUGAAACCGAUAGAAGUCCCGAAUUGCACUGUGCAUGAAUAUAUUUGGCAGAAUUUGGAGAGAUGGUCGGAUCGGACGAUGGCGAUAUGCGGUUCAACCGGAAGAAGCUACACUUACUCACAAGGCUACCAAUUGUCCUCGGCAUUUGCAGCCAACUUGCGGAACAAUCUGGGCGUCCGCGACGGCGACACCGUGGCCGUGAUGCUACCCAACGUGCCCGACUACCCCCUUGUAGCCUUGGGGAUAUUGGGCGCCGGAGCUAUUAUUACUAGUAUCAACCCUAUUUAUACGGCCCACGAAGUCCAACGUCAACUGCUACUCUCCGACGCCAAAAUCAUCGUUACGCUCCCAGAAACUGUAGAAAUCGUAAAAAACGCCCUAAAAAUGGCCAAUAAACUAAAGCUACCAAUCAUUGUAGUCAAAACCAAUGAACCCACACCAGAAGGCACAAUAGUCUUCAACGAACUAAGUGAAGUAAACGUAGACUUGUCAUGUUUGAAAGAAGUAAGGAGGACCGCUAAAGAUGUGUGUUUUCUACCAUAUUCUAGUGGUACUACGGGAGUUCCUAAGGGAGUGGAAUUGACCAAUGAGAAUCUAGUGGCUAAUAUGGAACAGAUCAAUAAUCCUGUCAUAAGGACGCAUAAUGAUACUACAGCAUCUCACCAAGACUCCGUCAUGGCAGUGCUGCCCUUCUUCCACAUCUACGGAGCCGAGGUCAUCAUGUUCCACAAGCUGUCCCAGGGUGUCAAGCUGGUCACCCUCGCCAAGUUCCAACCUGAAGUGUUCCUCAACGCCUUGGAGACGUAUAAGCCGAAUCUUUUAUUCGCGGCUCCUCCUAUAAUACUGAUGAUGGCGUCGCAUCCAGCCAGCUCCUCGAAGAAGCUGCAACACCUGGAGAUCAUCAUCAACGGCGCGGCACCCCUGGCCGCCGCUGACGCCGAUAGGUUCAUCCAAAAAGCCGAGAGGAAAAUGGACUUCAGGCAAGGCUACGGCCUCACAGAGACAUCGCCCGUGGUCACAAUGACCCCUAGAGGCCUCGACAACUACUCGUGUGUCGGCCUCCCCAUGCCCAACACGGACCUUAAGAUCGUGGACCAGAACCUACAGAAUAUGGGGCCUAAUGAGAAAGGCGAGCUCCUAGUCCGAGGGCCUCAAGUCAUGAAAGGUUACAAGGACAACGAGAAAGCGAACAAGGAGGCCUUCACAGAUGAUGGCUGGUUCAGAACUGGCGACUUGGCAGUUGCUGACGACCAAGGGAUAGUCACCAUUGCGGACAGACUUAAGGAACUUAUUAAGGUCAAAGGCUUCCAAGUACCCCCAGCAGAGCUAGAAGCAGUCCUACGCGACCACCCAUCCGUGGCCGACGCAGCCGUCAUAGGCAUACCUCACAAAGCCCAUGGAGAAGUACCCAAGGCCUUUAUCGUCCUAAAAAAAGGACACGAUGCACAGCCGGGAGAUAUAAGCGGUUUUGUAAAGGAGAGGGUGGCGGAGUAUAAAAGGAUUAGUGACGUGCAGUUUGUGGACAGUUUGCCGAAAAGUGGCACGGGAAAGAUAUUAAGGAGGGAACUCAAGGAAAAAUACACGUGAUUUAGAAGUGGUACAAAAUGAUUUUUAAAAUAGUUUAACCCUUAUGGACCUUUGCCAAUUUGUGCGGGUGCACGGAGCGGGUGAGUGGGUUAACGAAAAAUAGUAGAGCAACGCUACGGCGCGGACUCGUGCGACGGAUUUUAUCCACAAUGGCACCCGCGUGACCCGCGUGCGUGCACCCGCUCAAGUCAAUAUCGUAAAUCGUAAUGUGUGGUAAUGUUAAGCUUAAGAGAAAAUGUAUUAUCUAGUUAAGUGACGCUUCCAAUUGUAUAUCAACUAAAUUUAUUUUUUGGUUUUAUUAAUAAUAAGUUUAUUUUUACAAUUUUGACUAAUCCUAUGUUAUUA